GUACAUGUGGGGAACCACAUGUUGUGGAUCUGUACCCCCUAUGACUAAUCAGAUUGCGGUGCAACCUACUUUUAGUAAGAAGGAUUUCGGCAGUAGAACUGCAGCGUGGGAAGUUUGCUGCUUCUACCAAUGGGACUAAGCAGGUGAUUUUUUUCAGUCUAUGGGGAUAUUUUUCACUACAAGUCAAACAACCUCAAGCUAUCCAGUUCCUAUGAAAUGACCUGAGCCCUGGGCACCUAGCUAGUGCAAUGCAACCGUCAAUCUUUGUUACCAUCAACAACUUCAACAUUGAAGAGAAGAAAAUUGUAACAAUUCAGGUGCUCAAAUCUACAAUCAAUAGUAAAAUACAUGUGAAAAUUGUAUUUGAUGCUAUUUCCAUUAUAUAAUAAAUAUAAAUACUAUUAAUAUUUAUGAAAGCAUGGCAGUGGAACUGUGCUGGAGGUAUCUGUUCAAAAACACAUGACAAUGUCAAGUGCUGAGACUCAUUCAUUCAACAGUUUCUUACAUGUAUACGCAAAUAUAUAAGCGCACUGUGUUAAUGUAUCAUUUCAGAAUCAAAUUUAAACUCAGAUUAAAAUAAAUUUAAUAAGAAAUAUAGCCUGGUGUAAGAAAAAAUGGCAGAACACAGACACUCUCUCAUAGACGCUUUAUAGAGCAAACAAAAACUCGGCCCAAAACCAGUGAGAUUAAAAAUUUUUUUUAAAAAGACUGCAAUGGGAAGAAAAACACUCCUACGAUGGCAAGAAGAAAUUCUCCGGUGGGUAGAAAUCUCAGGAGAAACCCGGCUAGUCAGCAAACUCAGGGCAUGGGAAAGCGCAGCAGACUCAGGGUGGAAAACAGAGUGGGCGAAGGCUAAGCACUAUAUUUGUGCCUAAAGAUUGUGAAUCUAUGCUAAGACACCAUAUCUACAAGAUGUGAAACCAUGAGAGAGAUUGAUAGUGGACUGAUAGUGCCCCAGAACAGCAUAGAACAGCAAAGCAGAGCAUUCACAUGCAGGGGCAGGGCAAUAGCAGUCAGCUCGGCUCACACAACGGCUUUAUUGGUCCCGAUUGACUCUUAAUAGUUAGUCACAUUACAUUACCUUACAGACAUUUAGCAGCCACUCUUAUCCAGAGCAACUUACACAACCUUUUAAUAUAGCAUUUACAUUGUAUCCAUUGUUUCAGUCUAUUCUCUUUUUAGGGAUCAAUGGCACUUUGAUUAGUUUUGUGCUCUGGUGUGUUUUCUCGUAGUUCUGAUGUAGUUUAUUUUGAGUGUGUGUGUGAAAAUUAGGUUGGUUGUAAUGGUUGUUGUUCCUAUUGUGUUGUCUGGAUGUUACAUGCUCUUAGUACAUGCUAGUGCAGUACUGAGACAGUGCCCUCAUCUGUAUGUAAAUCAUAGUGGAUACUGGCCUAAUUCUACUCCACCUGUUUUUCUUUGUAUAGAGUAUUAUACGUGGUUUUUCAGAACUCGGAAUGCAGGGUUUCCGUAUGUUUCUCCCCCGUCUUUAAAAGCUUUCUCUGAGAAUGUUGACUCCAAGGUCUAAAUUUACUUAUUGACUCAUAAUUUAUCUAGUUACUGUAAAAGCUUGCUGACUUCCUUGUUACUGUCAGUACACUCUAGGGACUGAUUGAUGUGACACUUCCUUGUAUGUUGAGCCAGUAAUGUAAUUACAGCAGUGGCAACCAACCCUGUUCCUAGAGAUCUACCGUCCUGUAGGUUUUCACUCCAACCCUAACAAAGCACACCUCAUUCAACACUUAUUCACUUGAAAGUGAUGUGAUAGACUGAAUUUGAGCAGUGUCUUGUAAUUAUAUAGUUAAUUUAAGUGAAAAUAACAUAUACUUAGAUUCAGUUCACUUGAGGUCCGUAAACAGACUCUAAUUCAUACUGAAAACUGAAAACUGCCCUGAGCAUGACAAAAGCCUUGCUGAAGCUGAAUAGUUGAGCCUUUAUCGGUAGUGUACAUGUACAAGAUACAUUUUUUCAGCCAUGUUAUCUUCUCUUUUUGGAUAUUCAAAUGAUGUUGUUUCUUUUCAAUGCUUAAAAUGGAAAGCUCUUUUUACCUAAACUGUAUUUUUCAGUAUUUAAAUGGAAUUUACUGCAGUACAACUGACAUAGCUGAACAAAAUGAGUCUUUUGUUUCUCAUCCCUUCAUUCAGUUUUAGUAUGAUUCACCAUAGCAUUUUUUUCAUCAUACAGAGAGCUAAAAUAGAUGAAAAACGAUAUUAAUAUCUAAGCUGAAUUUUCUCUUAUUUAUUCUAUGCUUAAAAUGUGUGAUAAGACUCCAGGACUCAAAUAAGAAUCAUUUUCAGUUUAGAUUUUUAAUCAUUUAUUUAUGUUGCAGUAUACUUUUCUAAAUGAACAAAGUUGUUAACCUGUUAUCUGUACUGAUCUUCCUGGACCUCAGCACUGCCUUUGAAAUGGCCAACCACCAGCUCCUGACCACUCACCAGCCCGGGUGAGCUGAGUGUCUAUGACGCCACACACUCAUAUUUUCCCCUUCAAUUCGAACAUUUUAACAACAUAUUCACCCAUAAAAUAUACACUUGCCGUCCACUUAAUGAGGUACACUUUUCUAAAUACCCUCCUUUGCCUCCGGAACACCCCGAAUUCUGCAUGGCAUGGAUUCAACAAGGUGCUGGAAACAUUCCUUAGGGAUUUUGAUCCAUAUUGACUCGAUAGCAUCAUGCAGGACCUGCAGAUUUUCGACCACACAUCCAUGCUGUGAAUCUAAUUUAUUUGUAGAAUGUCCAUGCAAUUAAUUUAUUUUCGAUACAAUCGUGCCUCCCAUAUUCACGUUGCGGUACACGCUUCGAAACAGCUUCGAUUGCUUCCAGAAAGGGGUGGGUCCACAAAAAGGAAGUAGCUUAUACUGUUUUGAUAGAAGCACAUUGGAAGUUACUGAAUGCCCGCACAAGAGAGAACUGACAGCGGAGAAGGUGAAAUGGAAAGAGCCCUUUUUCUGAUUUUGCAAGUUGUAUUGUGGGCAAGAGUCUCAGCCCUAUUCACUGUGGAGGUGACCCAUCCCUCCCAGCAGGCUGAGUUUGGUGGCAAUGUUACGAUGGAGUGCACGUUCCCACCAGGAGACACUGAGCAGAGCCUGUCUGUGUUCUGGAGCCGUGUCCACCCUCAGCCUACCGUGGAGGUGUACAGGCUGCAGAACGGGCUGGAGGACCUGAGGGUCCCGGACCCCCAGUACAGGAGUCGUGUGCGGCUGAUGAAGGAGGAGCUUAAGGAUGGACGGGCUGUGCUGCAGAUCUCCAAUCUGAGGAUAACCGAUUCCGGAACUUACCAAUGUUUGAUGGAGAUGGGGGGAGCCGACUAUAAACAGACUGCUCUUACAGUAAGAGCUCCCUACAAAUCGAUCAAUAAAAGCAUCAAGAUGAAUGAAAGAGGGGUGGAGCUCUCCUGUGACUCCCAGGGCUAUCCACUGGCCAGUGUUGUCUGGACAGACUUGUCAGGCUGGAACAUAACCAAGGAAUCUAACAUCACAGUGGCCACAACCGUCAACGAUCUGUUCCACAUAACCAGCACAAUAACUGUCAAAAGCUCCAACAACACCUACAUGUGUACCUUUGUGGGGGAAGGGCUUAUGGACCGAUCCGUUCUAUUCCAUAUUCCAGAUGAAAUACCUAAGAAGAUGACGGAGAAAAGCUCUAAGUUCCCCUUGAUGCUUAGAUUGAUUCUUGGGUUCAUCACAGUAUGUGCAGCUGUUGUGGCAUACUUCAAGUGUAAAGGUUUUAAGCAGCACAUCAUGUCUAGGACCAGAGACUGCCUACUCCCUGGGGAUUACACUCCCGCAUAUCUUCCCCCGGACACCACCAUUGAAGUCCAGACCGAAGUUGAAGGACUCAAACAUUGUUCACCCUUGCUUGGGUUUCCAGAAAAAAGAGUGGAGAACCUGAGGACGGUUCUGAGAAGCAGAUACGUGGGUCUCACAUCAGAUCUGGAGGCGUCAGAGCAACGCGUUCGCUUCUGUAGCAAGGUGUUACCACAGCACCUCUGCAGCAGGGAUGGCUUGCCUUUGGAGGUCACUGCCCUGUUGCCUGAUGUUGGGGAAUCGCUUCUGCUGGAGGGGGAGACUAAGAGUGGGAAAACCAGUGUGGCUCUCGCCCUGGCCUCUAGCUGGGCCCAAAAUUCUGAGUGGGACCCAUUCGGCGUCAAGCGCUGUCAGCUGGUUGUCAUGGUGACCUGCGAGGGAGCGACGGGUGACCUGUUCCAGGAAGUGAUGUCACAGCUGGGCCUGGAUGGAGAGCUCACUGUGUCCGCCCUGCAGGAAAUUCUGAGCGGGCCGGUGGAAGCACUGCUUGUCCUGGAUGGUUACAGAUUUGGGAACAGGGACCUGGAUGAGUCACUCAGAGAAUUCCUGAGGAGGCGGCACGCCUGCAGGGUAUUGGUGACGGCACUGCCGGGACAUUGCGCCGACCUGUGGGAGUUUUUCGGGACAGUGCUGGUGCUUACUAGAGAGGGUGCAGAAUGCCACGAAUACUGCUGACAUCAAACAGGUGAGGGAGACAAUGGACGAUCUCAAAAUUCACAAUCUCACGGCCCACAGAUACUGCUCAAAAGCCUGUAUGUGAAUGGUCUAAGUGAAAGAAAAGUCAAAUCUUUCUCUUUUUUUGUCUAUACCAUGCUUCUUUAGAGUGGCGGAAGUUAAUGCCUACAGGAAGCAUAUGGGAGGCUAUUUUAGAUUUAUGAAAUGAUAUCUGCCAUUUCAGUCAUACUGCUGUCACACCACUAGUAUUCCAGAGCUUCAAAUGUUUUAUUGUUUUGGCUGCUGGGUGGCCAAAGCAUUGUUUUUGUGUACUGGUCAUGGCCUCAUGUUCUAGCAAAUCCUGAGCAGGCCAGAGCCAACAGUGACCUGCAGCACUAGAUGGCAUUGGCUGGCUGUGGUGUUAGCCUGGAAGGGAGGGCUGCAGUUGGUAAAGAUGUUGUCCCUAUUUCAUUGCACAAGUGCAGCUCUUCUGGUUGAACAGUCUGCCUGUACCAGCUGAUAUAGUGACUACCGCUUUGCUGGUGGAAUGCAAAGAGAAAAGAAGUGACAACUGGUAACAAGUACAUCAGAGGAGAAUUUGUGCUUGGCUUUGCUGUUCCAAAUUAAGGGAUAGGUUUAAAGAAUAGUUUUGGAAUGUAGUGUUGACUUGAGGUGUUGAGGUACUGUAUGUCCAACUAAACUUGGCUCCUGCUCUUGUGUUCGGGGGUAGUUGAAUGAUGAUACUGCCAAAGGGAUAGGCUUAUGAAGGCUGGUCCCUUCAUUAUGAAAAACUACUUUCAACACUGAAACACGUGUCUGCCGGUCACUUUGUACACACACACACACACACACACGCACAAAGACACACACGUAUGCACACACACACUCAAAUACACACACAAAAAUAUAUGCCUACUGUAUGUGAAACAUUACUUUUUUAUUCACAAAUUACAAAUAAGGAGUGUGGUGUCAUAAACCUAAAAUAUUGUUUUUCCCCAAACACCUGAGAAGGAAUACAAAUGGAAACAGUCACAAAAAUUGUAUUACUAGGUUCAUUACAUGAUAUAGCACCACUUUUUAUAGUACCUGUUUUUUAUAUUUAUACAGCUUGCUGUUUUCAGACUGUUUGUGUUCUCGUCAGACAUGGCAUAUACUUACAUUAAUACAGUCCUACUUUUCUGAAGAUGCUUAAUUGUGUACAUUAUAUUGGUAUUACAUUGUUUAAAAUUAAAGUGAAAUGUGCUUUCUACUUCUGAAUGAGACGUGGAAAAGACUGUUACUUGAUGACUUCAUGCAGACAGUUUAUUCAAAUAAGAUUUUAUGACCAAAAAUGACACCACAACACGCUGGGUGUAAAAUUAAAAGAACUGAGUAUAUCUGUAUUGUGAA